ACUUCUCCGUAGUGGGCACUCCACUCAUCGUGUCGUCGUACGGGUUCUCCGCGAGAGGCUGCGGGGCCUGUGUGCCCGGGCGGGCGAGCGAGUGAGCGAAGCGAGCGAGCGAGCGCGAGCGGCGAGCGCUGGUCGAGUGGGUCUAAGCGGCUGUGAGGACCUCUCCAGGAGUACCCGACAGAAGUCCUCUCCAUUCAUUCAUCCAUCCAUCCAGCCAAGCCAGCCAAGCCAGCCAAGCCAGGCAAGGCAGCCACCCAGCAAGCCAGCCAGCCAGCCAGCCAGCCAUCCAUCCAUCCAUCCAUCCAUAGAGCAGGCUCUUCUCCUACGGAGAGAGAGUGUAUCCUCGACGAAGGUGGAGGCGAAGCGUAGAGUGGUACAUCUACCAUCGUCUCUCUAUCGACGGAAUCCAAGGACUCAAAGACCCCCGUGUGAUUUCAGUCGGCCGCCGGCCGGCUCUGGCCGGCCACUAUCCUCGACCACGUGUGUGUAAGGUCGACAGCUCUUUCGAUCACGUUCGCGCGUGCCACCAGGAUUUUCGAAAGGCAACAGCGAUACACGUCGAUCACGCUCUUCUCGUUCCAACGGUAUCGAGAGAUUUAGCCAUCCAUCUCGGGAGCCAUCCGAGUCGGCCGCCGGCCGACCGCGCCAUCGAUUUUUCUACUCGGUGACGGUCGCGGCUCGUACGCCAUGCGAUUGAAGCGAUUCUUCAUCCUUGACGUCAACUUUACGGCUUGCGAGGGCCGUUUUUAGGAAAAGAGAGCACCGAAAGAGAACGACGAAUAAAUACGUGAACAAAACUGUGUCAUAUGCAUCAGUUAAUGUGGAAGAAGCGCAGUGAGGGAACAUGUUAAGUUCAAUAGUUACUGAGAAGAAACAUCCGUGAUACCUAACAGAUCGAGCACUUUCAGUGAAACAAUCAAGUGCUUGUGCGUAGAAAUUUUUGCUUUCGCAAACUAUGCGCGCGUUUCAACGCGAUCAGGAUCAUAGGAAGGGAAAAAGAUCGCGAAUGAUUGCGGGCUUCGUAUCAGUUUCGAGGGAUCGGAAGUUCCAGUGUUGGUGAAAAGAGGCGAGAAACAAGAUCUUAUUGUGCGCGAACGACUGUUGGUGUCAUUGUGCGAUUAACUCAAAGUCGAGCUCGGGUCCUGGGUGAUCUCGGUUGUUCGCGCGAACGGACUACCCGAAGAAAAUCUACGAGAAGAGAGAAUUCAACGAUCGCGCAAAAGGUCAAUCGAGGAACCUACGUUGGCCAGCGAUCAGCGAGCGAGGAGAAGGACCCCAGUGGCGUCGUAAUGUCGCGCAGUUGUCACGUCUAGCGCCGGCCUCAUCAUUCCGCGAAGCGCGAGCUUCAAGUACUUCGACGGCGUCGGGCUCGCCGAUAUGAGCGGCGGCAGCGGCGGCGGUGGCGGCGGCGGCGGCGGCAAUCAAGGCGGCAACGGUAACGCCACGACCUAUCACCAGCACCAGCAGCAACAGCAGCAGCAGCAACAGCAGCAGCAGCAGCAACAGCAGCAGCAACAGCAGUCGCAACUGGAGCAGGCUGGCCUGCUGUCGGACCUCAAUGGCAUCGAUCUGGCGAUGAGCCUGUCGCCCAAACAGCACUCGUCCCACGUGCAGGCAGCCGGUGGUGCUCACACGACGCCGUUCAGCGUCACCGACAUCCUCUCGCCGAUCGAGGAAUCUUACCGCAAGCUCGAACUCGCCGCUGCCGCCGCCGCCGUCGGUGUCGGCGUCGUCACACACUCCCAGGCCUCGCCCUACGGGAACGCUUGUGGUGCCCGGGUGGGCGGCAACACCGGCAGCUCGAGCGCGAGCAGCGGCAGCCCGCCGUUGCACGGGGGUUCGACGCCCGGCGGCAGCACCCCCGGACCGGUUUCCUCGGUCGCCAACGGGGUCGUCCCCGGCGGCGGCGGCGGCGGAGGUACCGCCGGCGGUGGCAUGAGCGCCAUGGGCAAUCCUUACGCCACCAUGCAGCUCACGUCGCAAUACCAGUACUGUACCGCGGAAUUGUCGCCGUACCAUCACGCCGGACCCGGCGUCGGUGCCACGGCCACGGCCGCGGACCCCAUGCGGUCCCACGCGGUCUCGUCGCACCAUCAUCCUUGGUACGCGCCGGCGCCGCCGACUACCAACGACCCGCGGUUUGCCAUCUCGCGACUGAUGGGAGCCGCGGCGGCGGGCGCCGGGACCAACAUGGCCGGCUGCUCGGUGGGCCAGUCGAUGGGCGACGUGACCAAGUCGUCGGGGAUGGGGGUGGGCGUCGGCGUCGGGGUCGGCGUCGGCAUGGGCGUCGGCGCGAUGCAGUUCCCCCUCGCUCAGAGACGGAAGAGACGCGUGCUCUUCACCCAGGCCCAGGUCUACGAGCUCGAAAGGCGAUUCAAGCAGCAAAAGUACCUCAGCGCGCCCGAACGGGAGCAUCUGGCGUCUUUAAUUCAUCUAACGCCUACGCAGGUGAAAAUAUGGUUCCAAAAUCACCGGUACAAGUGCAAGAGGCAAGCAAAGGAGAAAGCUAUGGCCGAGCAAAACGCCCAAAACCAGAGCGCGAGUUCGCCGCGACGGGUCGCGGUGCCGGUGCUGGUGAAGGACGGGAAGCCGUGCGGGAGCGGCGGGGGCGGCGGGAACGAGGGCAGCCGCGGCGGGCCCAGUGCGGCCCUGGCGAGCCCGGCGCCGCACAUGGCCGCGGCGUCGAGCCCGCACGGGACCCACCACGCGGCCGCCUCGUCCCAUCACUCGGUCGUGGCUGCCGGCGUCAGCCACGUCAUGAGCUCGAGCCAGAGCCUGCAGCAUUGCUCGUACACGCGGGCUGGCGCCCAGCAGAGCAUGCAGCAGCAACAGCAGCCGCAGUGCGGCGCGUACCUGCCGUUGCAGGGCCGCGCCUGGUAGUGCGCGCCAUCCGCGGCGGGGGCCGCGGCCUACGCCAACCCCUCCGUCGCAGGCCCCUGGGCCCUCGCCGCGGAUCCGGCUGCUUGGUACGCCAUACCCGACGACAGUCCUUAGGACCGGGAGGGUGACCGACGUUGCGACUGAUCGUCGAAUCGCCCGGGAACGGACGACGUCCUCGGGAUGAACCUGAGGCUUCGGGCCCGGUGGAAUCGCGUAUCGUCCCAAGUGUUAGGGCGAUUAGCGAUCGGCUGAAGCCAUUUCCGCUCGAAAGACUUGCCCGUAAGCUGCGCUGCACAAUUAUCCGGCAGGAUGAUCCGUCAUUUGGGCGCGUGUACCUUUUACGCUAACGCAGCAAUCGACAAUCGAUGGGGACACGCUCAGUGAUUGUAGGAGGGACUAUUAGAGUGUGAUAAUUUGCAAUUAUCGGAUGGUCAGUGAAGUAUCAUGGUCGAAAAUCGGUGGUAUUACGAUGAGAACACUUCAAAUCGGGACUAUCGUACAUUGGUAUGAUACGGCCAAUCGAGCCACGUGAUUUUGUAUCUGUCAUCGCGAGCGUUCGUUGCGAAGGAUCAACAGCCGCUUGCGUCCCUCGCAAGGGAAGCAGACACUUUAAGUCUUUCCGCGGAAAGAUCGAUGGAAGAAAGUCUCGCGAGGAAGAGGCAUGGAUAUCUUUGGUGGACGUAUUUUCUUGUUACGCAAAGACUACACGUAUUUUAUGUAAUGACACGUAUUUCCCAAACAGCGCACUUUAUUUAUUUGAAAAUGGCAGUUCCCAGAUCGUUCGAUAAAUCAAUAAACAAACGUAUGAGACGACAAAAGGUUGUAAAACAUGAUAGCAACGGUGCGAUUAGUUAGCAUCAGAUGGGAGAGAUGAUGGUCGCGUUCGGGGAGAAUGAUCACAAUCAUCAUGUGCUGCAGAUAUUUUAUUAGCCGAUGUACUUUCUGCAUUCUGGUAAUAAAAAAUAUACACGUUGGAGGAAGAAAAAACAUGGAAACCGCAUAAAAAGUUUAAUUAAAAUUACUAGUUAAAGAUCUUGAAAUGAUUCGAUGAAAACAAAAUCGUACAAUAUGAUAAAAUCAAGGAUAUUUUCGAAAUUUACAUUUUUAUUGGAGAAAAAGAUAUUAAAUAGAUAUGCAAAAUGUAUAAAUAUUCCGUUUGUUCUGAAUGAUUUGACGUCAAUUCCUUUUUUACGUGGCAAAGAUUUGUUCGAAUAAGACUUUCGCUUAAGACGUCAAACAUUUCAAUAUUCAGUAUCGUAUAUUUUAAUUAGAGAAAUUAUAGAUUCCUUAAAGCAAUGUGCAUCGCUAAAGGAUCAACCCAAAUUCAGUUCCAAUGCAAUGCAACAUGAUGCAUUGUCACUUUACAAUGUCAAGUUUCAGUAUUUGAAGCCAGAAUGAAGAACACAAAUUUCUGUGUACACUUAUAGAAUAUUCCUAUGUAUUUUGUAAUCCAUAGAAUAUAGAAUAUUGCAGCAAUAUUGCGAUAAUAUUGCAACAUUACAACAACAUUGCAAUAUUCCCGCAAUAUUGCUGAAAUGUUCCCAUCCAAUACAAAAUAUUGCAGCAACAUUGCUGCAAUGUUCCCACCCAACACAAAAUAUUGCUGAAAUGUUCCCAUCCGACACAAAAUAUUGCAGCAACGUUGCUGCAAUGUUCCCACUCAACACAAAAUAUUGCAGCAACAUUGCAGCAAUAUUGCGGCAAUAUUGCAAUGUCGUUGCAACAUUACAACACAUUGCAAUUUUCCCGCAACAUUGCUACAAUGUUCCCACACAACGCAAAAUAUUGCAGCAACACGCUGCAAUAUUUUGCAGCGUUGUUAUAGGCGCAAUAUUACUGCAAUAUUCUGUGUUUGUUGGGUUCUGUGCUGUAUGGGAAGUAAUUGAUUUUCGGCAUCGAUCCCUUGGUCGAAAUACGCGCCUAUUUUCCGGAAGAGCGUUUCAUCUGCGCAAAAAAAUACAAUUUCCACAGAUCGCGUUCGUAUGUUGAAAUUCGUUUGCAGGAUCUCGCCGCGACAAUAAACGACAUUGUAAAGUGCGUGCGGCGGUAACAAAACACACAUUGCAAGAGAGAAACGGAUUGUUCGCCUCGCACGAAUUACCAGUUGCCCCGGUGUCCACUCGACGGAUUAAAACCCAUCGAUUCGAAUUACGAAAUAGUACACCCCGCGGUGAUUGUGACUGCGAUUUCAAGCCGAACGCGACGCGACAUCCGACGCGGCGUCGACAUUCGCGAGCCGCGACAUUGUGUCGCUCGCGGAAAGUCGUUUUACGAACAAUGCGUUGCGCGGGAUUCCGGCGAGAUAUUUCGUUGCAUUGUCCGCGUAUGCAAAUAUACUGUUACGUCGAUGCAUAUAUUAUUUCGUCCGCGACGUGACAUUUUUAUACGAUACGCGACCGAUCGACAAAAAUACCGAUUUCACAAUGAAAAUUCCCGCGAGAUAUGUUUCGACGAUUUUUAGAAAUUUUCAUUCAUUCUGCACGAAAACUGCGUUUAUUUUUUUAAAAAUGAGAAAGUGUAAUUAUUUUACAAGUAUAAAUCUGGUUGUAGCAGAAGAAAUGUCAAAACUAAAAAACGAAUGUAAAACGGUCUU